ACACAGGCGCCGCGCGUGACGCUGACCGGGCACGACGCGCCCAUCAACGCCGUGCUCGUCUCCGCCGAGCUCGGGCUCGUCAUCUCCUCGUCGCUGAACGGCCCGGUGCUCAUCCACACGACAUUCGGCGAGGUGCUUCGCGCACUAGCAGCGCCGGACGAGGGCUGGCCGCCGCAGCAGCUGGCCCUGUCGCGCGAGGGGCUGGUGGUGGUGGCGUACGCGCGCGGGCACCUCGCCGCAUACACGCUGAACGGACGACGCCUGAGGCACCACACGCAUAAUGAUAACUUCCAGUGCCUGGCGCUGUCCCGCUGCGGCGAGUACCUGGUGUGCGGCGGCGACGCCGGCGUAGUGGAGGUGUGGCGCGCCUUCACGCUGGCGCCGCUGUACGCCUUCCCGCCGCUCGGCGCCGCCGUCUGCUCGCUGGCGCUGUCGCACGACCAGAAAUUCCUACUAGCCGGCCUGGAGAACGGCUCGCUGGUGGUAUUCCACAUAGACUUCAACCGCUGGCACCACGAGUACCAGCAGCGCUACUGAGUGCGGUGCCCCGGCUGCGCCUGCCGCUACGUGCAGCUGACGCGCGUCUGACGCCCGACGACCUCGCCUGGUGCCCGACGACCCUCAGCCACUAUGUUAGUGCGGCGCCACUGAACUCCGGGUCCCACGAAGCAGCGAUGUAAAAUAGUCCCGCGGAUUUUUGGGGAACUAAAAUAUAGGGUGGGAAGGAUAAGUUGGCAACUGAACAUAGACCACUGGAACCCGAUGUAAUUGGGAAACUAAUGCUGAAAAUAUUUACAAAUUUUUUUGUUUACUCAUUUAAUAUGCUCUGUUUGACUUGCUACUUUAAAAAUGACGAAUUAGUCUUGGAAAAUAAUCUAAUUAAUUUCAACUUAAAAGCAUGGUCUGAAUUCACAAUGAAAAUUGCCAACCUGUCCCUUUCACCCUGUAUGAUAAUUGACAGUAGUACAGAUAUAGCUAAAGGGAGACCUCUUUCGUGAGAAUGACUAUAGAAUAUCCACGAAAGAUGUCCCAGAAAUAUAGAGCAAUGUAUAUUACAGUUAGUCCCGUGUAGACGGCAGAGGGACUUCUUCAAAGGAACUGGGGACUGGCAGCUAUGGCGCCUCUAUGCUCGACGAUUUGUGAAACCAAUUUUAUCUAAAUUUUAUUAACCAUCUGAAUUGUAAUUAACACAAAUCAAUUAUGUAUUCCUGUAUAAAUAAAUAAAGUUGGUUCCACAAACUAUUUUAGAGAAUGUAGGAUUAAAUUGGUACUUAAUUUUUCUAUACGCUAGGAGAAGCCAUUGGCGAUACGCGAUGGUAGCUCUGUUUGAUAAUUUCCUAGUUUUGCCGGCGUAAAGUACUUAGAUUAUGUGUAAGUGAAUUUAAAAUGCGACAUUCCAAUUUUAUGUAUUAUCGUAGUUAUAGUUUAAUGAAAUUAUUUAUAUUAUUAUGGUAGUAUACAAUACCAUGUGUUUAUUAUUAAUAUUAUAAUUAUUUACUAUUAUGUAGUGCCAUAAGGGAAAUAUUGACUGCAGUGCAACUAAAUCAGAGCCUUAACGAGUUUUACUUUCAUUAUUAUUAUGAUAACUUAGAUCUCUAAUUGAAAACGUCCAUUAUUGUGAUCUUCAUCACUCGCAUAAUUAUUAUUAUAAUUGGAGUAUAAUUAACGUGCAAUAACUUAGUUUUAUUUAUUUGUAUUUUAUUUGUAUUAUUUACGACUCUUGAAAUAAAGAGGCUCAAAGUAUUAAUUAUUACCAUCUUUUUAGAUCAAUCCUAUGAAAUUAUCUAUUUUACUUCACACUUUUUUAUGGUUUUGACUUAAAUUUUCACAUUCCUCUUUAUCUUUGGUGAUGGGUACAAGUACUUAAUUUUAUCAAAUGAAUUGACGUUGUUGUAAUUAUUAUUUGGUUUUAUUAAAAGGUUACAUUGAAUUA